GGUGUGCCUAAAUAAAAGAGCUCAAGUGAGCGAGGGAGUGGACAGUCACAGGCAGCGUGUUCAGCACUCUGGUGGAACAUGGAUGUGGGGCGUGAGGAGCGGGAGCACAGUGCAGCACUGGCGGCUCGUCCCCUGAGAUCCUGAUCCACCAGCAUGCCUUCUGCCUCUUUCGGCCUGCCGGCGGCCCUGGCGGGCCGUGCGCGCACCUGGGUCUGCCUCUCCUGCAUGUUCUGGCCAGAGGAGUUUGACUCAGUCCACUCACACACCUUCCGGGCGAAGACCUUCAAGAGGAGCAAGCAGUGUGGCAUGUGCAAGCAGACCCUCUUCGGGGACGGGCUGGUCUGUCGAGUUUGCCGGUUAACAUGCCACAAGAGGUGUGAGGUGAAGGUUAAUGCACCCUGUGUACCGACUGCUAACUAUGAGCUGCUUGCAGGUCACCACAUUUCCCUGAGACAUGCCGAAACUAUGAGUUCAAUCAAGUCCUCCACCGAGUCAAGACUCAAGCCCUCACGGACGCUGAGCCUGAUCCAGGGAGAGGAGAACUAUGACGUGGACCUUCUCUAUAUCACUGAGAGCAUCAUCGUGGUAGCGUUUCCUGCCAGUGCUGAGGAACACAGCCACAGUGCUCACCUCAAGGAGGUGGCCACCAUGUUGAAGUCCAAGCAUGGGGCUCAUUACCUGGUCAUCAACCUCAGUGAGAAGAGGCAUGACCUGACUAAGCUGAACCCAAAGGUGUUAGACUUUGGCUGGCCUGACCACCACGCACCAACCCUAGACAAGAUUUGUACCAUCUGCAAGGCUAUGGACACCUGGCUCAAAGCAGACCCCCACAAUGUGGUGGUGCUACACAACAAGGGCAACCGCGGACGAACAGGGGUGGUGGUCGCUGCCUACAUGCAUUACAGCAACAUAUCAGCUAGUGCAGAUCAGGCCUUGGACAGAUUCGCCAUGAAGCACUUUUAUGAAGAUAAGGUCCUUCCUGUGGGUCAGCCGUCCCAGCAGAGGUACGUGCAAUACUUCAGUGGCCUGCUGUCAGGACGGAUAAAGAUCAACAACAAACCACUGUUCCUACAUCAUGUCAUCAUGCAUGGGAUCCCUGACUUUGAGUCCAGAGGAGGUUGCCGUCCUUUUCUGAAGAUAUACCAAGCUAUGCAACCCAUUUAUACCUCUGGCAUAUACAACGUCCAGGGUGACAGCCAGACCAGCAUCUGCAUCACCAUUGAGCCCGGGCUCAUGCUCAAAGGAGACAUUCUGCUGAAGUGCUACCACAAAGGGUUCCAAGGCCCUGCCAGAGACGUGAUCUUCCGGGUCCAGUUCCACACUUGUGCCAUCCAUGACCUGGAUGUGGUCUUCACCAAGGAGGAGCUGGAUGAGUCCUGCAGAGAUGAGCGAUUCCCUGACUGUGGGAGAGUGGAGUUUGUCUUCUCUCUGGGGCCAGAGAAAAUCCAAGGUAUGGAGCACCUGGAGAACGGACCAAGCGUCUCAGUGGACUACAACUCCCAGGACCCGCUGAUCCGUUGGGACUCCUACGAGAACUUCCACCAGCAUGGUGACGACCUGCCAGCAGACAUCAUCCACACACAAGGUCCUCUGGACAGCAGUCUCUAUGCAAAGAUUCGCAGAAAGGAUCCACUUAACAGUACCGUCACCACAAACGGGCUGACGGUACCGGGCCAGACCCUGCCUACGGGUGACCCAGCCUUGUCCGCCUGUGACAACGCCCUCUCUGUGAGCAGCGACUCAGGGCACUCCACGGCCUCCAUUAAGACUGACCGCACCGAUGAGCCGUUCCAGCAGGGGGUGCUGGCAAACCAAUCUCUGAGCCCAGUGGAGACAAAAGACCUGGAGACGCUUCUGACGGGCCUGGAGGCACCAAUGCAACGGUCGGGCUGCCCAGCAGUGCCUGCACCUAUGACGGGGCUAGGCCUGCGCCACCUAGUGCCCGCAGAAGUACAUGUCAAUGGACAUAGCGGCGCAGACCGGGAGACAGACAUCCUGGAUGAUGAGGUGCUGGAGUCCAACAGCAGGGACAGCCUGGGCACCCCGUCUUCCCAGGGGGGUCGGGUCACACCCCCUGAGUUCUAUUGCCAGAGGGAAUCAGUGAUCAAUGGGGAGGGCAGUCUGCACCAUGUGCCGGGGGUACCUGAGUUGGGCCCACGGGCCCGCUGCAGCUCCUCUGUGCUGGCACACACUCCAGACUUGGACUACAGCCAUGCCGCCAUUUACCGCUCCCGCUCCUUCGGAACCGCACCUGGGCCAGAGCUGCUUCUAGAGCCCACCCCCAGGGCCCCUGCCCGUGGCUCCAGCAGCCGAAAUGCUGUGCAGCGCGGCAUGAAUGCCUGGCAACAGCAGACCCACAGCCUGCCAGAGCUGCCCCCCGCCGCCCCCUCCCAGCAGGAUGUGGAGCGCUCCAUCGAGGACCUCGGCAUGCUCAUGCUGGAACUGGAUCCUGCCAUCGCUCAGCCACCCCGGGCCCCUGAGGCGCGCCCCCCCGCACCCCAGUCAGACUCCGUUCUGCAGGGCCCCUUUCCUUUUGGCUCUUCCCUCCUCCAAGUGUUGACGGCCCCCAAGGAGGCCUACACGGGCCAUACUCCCCCACUCUUCCAUCAUCCAGUAGACCCCCCCAUAACUCGGUCUUUUUCAGUAGGCUAUGAGUUCCAGGGGGGGCCCAAAGUGCCAGGGUCCCAGUAUAGUCUUGGCUAUGCCCCGCCUCCCCUUCCCACUGCCCCCCCUAACGAAGAGAAGAGCUACAGCCUGGAGGGUCUGGUGGCUCACCGCGUAGCCGAGUACAAUGCUCGUAUCCAGGGCAUCUGGGAGAGCAUGGCCACCCCAAAAGCAGACCACAGUCGCUCCUAUUCCCUUGCUGGUGUUAGUUCGCCCACACAAGAUAACAGGUAUCUUAACGGACGUGACAGGAGUGGCUUUAAAGGUGUUCAAAGCAAGGAGACAUUGGCUGACAGAGGCACUGCCUCCACACGACGCCGGACAAACAGCGAGGGCCAGUGUCUGGAUGGCCGUGGCCCUGGCCGCACGAUCCGUUCACCCAUCCGCUGUGUUUCCCCAGAGUUUGUUAACGCCAUCGCUCAGAACCCAGGUGGACGGCCCAAGGAGGGACAGAUGCACAGCUACCGGGAAGCCUUUGAGGAAAUGGAGGACAGUCCCAUCAGUCCUCCGCCCAGCUCCGGUGGCCGCUCUCCUCCAGGCCUGGCCAAGACACCUCUCUCUGCCCUGGGCCUGAAGCCCCACAACCCCGUUGAGAUCCUGCUGCAGCAGAGUGGCUCAGACUCAGCAGCUAACCCUCUAGAAUAUGGAGAGGAAGAGCCAUGCAGCUACGUGGAGUCUGUAGCUCGUAGUGCCGCUGCCGUCAGUGGGGGGAAGCCGGCAGGGGCCCCCUCAGCCCCCAGUUAUGCCACUGACAGCCUUGCAAAGCAAAACACCCCCUUCUAUACCAUGAACCCCCCUCUAUCUUCCGGUAGCCCCAUUCCAAGUUCUGAUGGAAUUUACCCCUUUGCUGACAGUGGCCUGUGGACUGUUCCCCCUACUCACCCCCUAGGGGAUCCCAGCCCCCACCACCCAGACACCGCCUACCGCCUCCCCUCUUCUUCGUACCCGACCUCUGGCUCAGACACCGCCACAAGCAGCUAUAUUACAGCUGACUAUGGGCCAUGCCUGCCAGAGGCUGCCCCUGUCCUGGCCACCCCUGGGAGCCCUGGCAUGCUCCAGCACUCAGUGGCUACAAACACGCCCCAUAGCCUUGCCUCUUGGCCCAAGCUGACCAGUCAGAGCAGCCUGACCUCGGAUUGGCUUGGGCAGCCAGCCAAUGGCAGCGAGCCUGGGCCUGGAGGCGGUUCCUUCCCAUGCAGCUAUGGCACGGAUGGGCAGUCCUCAUCAAGUGGCUAUGUCACCCCCGAUGUGCCUGUAGGGGGCACCUUUCCAAGUUUGCCCCCAUACAUGGUGCCCUUGGGCAGUUUGGGCACGCAGCCACAACUCCCGCGCAAGCGAAGCAUGUCCAAUGGGGGCGAGAGACCUUCAACUAUACCCUCCUACAAUGGCAAAGCGACGGCCCCCUCGCCCCCAUCCAGCGGCUACAGCACACCCAGCACCAGGCUGGUCCACACCCUGUCUGACUUCUCCAGGUUCUCCACGUGCGAAGGAGGCCCAGAGAACCAUCUCAGCGUGAAGUUUGUGCAGGGCACUUCCCGGUUCUGGUACAAGCCCGACAUCUCCCGAGAGGAAGCCAUCGACAUGCUAAAAGACCGCGAACCCGGCACUUUCGUCAUCCGCGACAGCCACUCCUUCCGGGGUGCUUAUGGCUUGGCUAUGAAGGUGGCCUCGCCCCCACCCACUGUGCAAAAGAGUGACAAAGGUAGUGACACAGCCCACGAGCUAGUGCGGCACUUCCUAAUCGAGACAAGCCCCAGGGGAGUGAAGCUGAAGGGCUGCCCCAACGAGCCCUACUUUGGGUGUCUGUCUGCCUUGGUGUACCAGCACUCCAUCACCCCACUGGCCCUACCCUGCACCCUGCUCAUCCCAACUCGAGAUUUUUCUGUGGAGCGCUUGGACAUGGCCUCUAUUAGUGACAUCACAUCAAAUCUACUGAGGCAGGGUGCAGCAGGCACCCAGUACAGCUAUCAGACCUCAACACCAGGUGAGCGAUCACACCUCCUGCAGUUCAGACAUGAUGUUAUGUUGAUCGGAAGGCUUUGUCGCUGUCUUUGCUCUCCUGCAGCAUGUAACGUUCUGUACAUAAACUCCGUGGACAUGGAGUCUUUGACGGGCCCCCAAGCCGUGGCCAAAGCCGUGUCCAUGACCCUAGGGGCCAGCACGCUACCCACCCCCACCAUCGUCCACUUCAAGGUGUCCGCACAAGGUAUCACCCUCACUGACAACCAGAGGAGAAUAUUCUUCCGACGCCACUAUCCCAUGAACACCAUUACCUUCUGUGACGUCGACCCCCAGGACAGGAAGUGGAAGAAGGCAGAGGGCGGUUCUGCAAAAUUCUUUGGGUUCAUAGCCCGGAAGCAGGGCAGCAUGACAGACAACGUGAGUCACCUGUUUGCAGAAAUGGACUCUGAACAGCCAGCCUUGGCCAUCGUCAGCUUCGUCUCCAAGGUCCUGACUGGUUUGCAGAAGCGCUAAUCUCCCCUGGCUGCCACUUCUCCCAGUACACCCCUGAACUCUGACACGCUGCCAUUCUGUGUUUGUUGUUUCUGUUUAUUUCCCUUUUUUGGCUUUAUUCUGAACAAGCAGGGACGCUGUACAGUUGUCAGGUAGCAGAUCUCCUAAGACAUCAAAGUAAAAGGAAAUGAUGUCAGUGCAUAGUACCGAAGGAAAAACACGAGCUAAACAAACAGCCAAUGGAAAAGCAACGUCGACAGAAAAAAUGGGCUUUUUAAGGGCUUUAGAUUAAUUCAUCAAAGUAAAGAAUAAAUUCAAAACACAUAUUUAUUACUGCUAACAUGCUUAAAAGACUUCUAAAGCCAAGACAAAAGCCUUUGUCUUAAUUUUUUUCCUAAACGUUAUCUGUCAUCUUGCCACUAAGCCUGUUCAAGCUCUUUAAUGUUUCAACUUGGUAUAUCCUCGGUAGCCAUUUGCAGUAAUCAUGUGCAGUGGGAUAUUCCAGGCCAUUCCAGGCCAUUCCAGGCUCUGUCUAUCACUGUCAGUGCUGUAAAAACACUUCUUUCUUAUAAAGCACACACCAAAUAUAUUGUAUAGAUCCUUUAAUUAUUCUAUAGUGACUUUUUUAGGACUCUCUCUAAGCUUGAGCAGUCAGUCCUUAAUUUCAGCCACAGCUUACUUAAUUCUGGCUCUCAACAGCGAGGUUUGAUUAUUGCUGCCUGAAGUCAUGGACUGCUGGUCAUGACAUGGGAUUUCUGUCCAUUUAGUGGGCAGGAGUGUGGGGGAGCGGGUCAAAUCCCCAUUGCACAGGACACAGAUGUGGGGUCUCGGGGCAGAUUAAUGUCACUUUGUUGAAGCUCAGGACUUGGUUGUACUUGUUACUUGGGGCAACAUCUCUGUAGACUUCUUGGUCACACAUGUCUUUGCUUACACAGUCGUUCGCUCCUGGUAGGGUCACACGCUGAGAGAUGUCUCCACGAUCUCUAGUGCUCAUUAAAUUAGUGCAAUAAUUGAACCCAGCAUGACUCACCUUUGUGGGUGGCCCACCCCAAGUGUGAGGCACACUUCAGAUAUCACAGUAAAACACCACUAAGGAGCUUCUGAAUGAGGUUGGGGUCCUCCAGCGCUGAGCAGGGCACCACCACCAGGCUCCUUUACCCCGAGCAUCUCUGACAGCCUGCUGUAUACUUUAGAACCAAGAUGGAUGCAUUUGUUCGACAGCUUGAUUUUAUAGAUGGGCUUAGCGUUCCAACUGCAUGUGCAAGAUGUCAGUAGUGAUUCAUUUCCAGGUGUACUCGAAAGAGGUGCAGUGACUCUGUGUCAGGUUAGGAGGGCCUUGGACGGGGGAAUUGUAUAUGAAACAGAUCUUGAUACACACAUAACACAAAUCACAGAAUUACUUUACUAAAGUAUUUAUUUUUUGACUAUGUUGCUGUGUAUUAACUCAUAUAUACAUGUAUGUUCAACAUCAUGAUUACCGCAUUGAAAUAACUAUUUUCACUACAAUUAAAAUCAUUCAAAUGUGUGUGUGUGUAUAUAUAUACACACACACACACACACACACACACACACAGUGGUACCG